AUGCCCGAUUACUAUGAAAAAACAUGUACAGCUCCUGUAAACAUUGCAGUAAUAAAAUACUGGGGUAAACGUGACGUUUCUCUCAACCUUCCAACAAACAGUUCCCUCAGUGUAACUCUUUCUCAAGACAAUCUCCAAAGCAAAACUACAAUUCGUGCCGAUCCCUCAUUUUCCAAAACUCGCCUUUGGCUGAACGGUGUGGAAGAAGACGUUUCGGCAAGCAAGCGAAUACAAACAUGCAUUAAAGAAGCUCGCCGGCUACGUUCACUCUACGAGCAACAACUUUUGCGUGAUGGUAAUUCUGAGGUUGUCCCAUUAUCAGAAUACAAUUUACAUAUCUGCUCUGAGAAUAACUUUCCAACGGCGGCUGGUUUGGCUUCGUCUGCUAGUGGAUUUGCAUGCUUUGUCUAUACUCUCGCUCAGUUAUAUUCGCUUCCCAACUCCUUAUCGGAAUUAUCUAUUAUCGCUCGUCAAGGAUCGGGAUCGGCGUGCAGGUCACUGUUCGGCGGCUUUGUCGCAUGGGAGAUGGGUGUUAAUAAUGAUGGAUCGGAUAGCAUGGCAGUGCAGAUUGCCGAUGAGCAUCAUUGGCCAGAGUUGAUUGCGUUGAUUUGUGUUGUGAGCGAUGCUAAAAAAGCGAUUGGGAGUACUGUAGGAAUGCAGGUCACUGUUAAAACUUCGUCGUUGUUGAAAGAGAGGAUCGAGUGUGUUGUUCCGAAAAGAAUGGAAGAAAUGGUUAAAGCGAUCAAGGACAAAGACUUUGACGCGUUUGCUGAAUUAACUAUGAGAGAUUCCAAUCAAUUUCAUGCAGUAUGUCUCGAUUCUUUUCCUCCGAUUUUUUAUCUUAAUGAUAUCUCUCGGGCUAUUAUUAGACUAGUCGAGGAAUAUAAUUCGACUUCAUGUAAUUACAAGGCAGCAUACACGUUCGACGCCGGUCCGAAUGCAGUCAUUUAUACGUUACGGGAGAACGCAGAUGAGCUUGUUGGAUUGAUCAAGAGGUAUUUCAUGGGUGAGGAAAGAGAACAGAUACCAAGCGGGUUUAGAGCAGACGCUGUACCGAUUUUUGAAGAGGGAAGUGUCAAGCAACUCAUAAGGACGACAGUUGGCGAUGGACCGAGAGUUAUAGAGGAUGGGUUGUUGAACGAGGAUGGGAUGCCAAAGAGCUAA